UGCUUGAGCUAAACCAAUCUUUUAACGUCAGAUUCCAGCUGAAAGCUCCACGGUGGAGUCCUCCAGGAAGCGAUGACUCACUGCAGCGACAACAAUGAGGAGACUGAUGAUGGUACAGAGAAACCCAAAAGAAACCAGACAAAGAAAAGUAAAGGAGAGAAGCAUGUUUCUUUCCCCCCGGAUGAGCAGAUCGUAUCAGGCUUUGCUGAGUCCAGAACCGCUGACAGGAAGGCUUACAGCUGUCUCACCUUGGCGGAGGUGAUGGAGGCCUACCUGCAGAGCUGCAGCAGACACCAGGUCCAACCCAGAGAGCUCGUCCUGCAGCAGCUUCAGCAGGGUGUGUGUGUAGGUGGCAGCAUGGAGCGUCUGGAUCUCAAAGGUGAGCGAUUAGACCACCGCUCCUGUGAAGCUCUGGAAGUCGUCCUGAAAUCGCUGCACUUUGAUUUCAUCAAUCUGCAGGCAGCCCAACUGGAAGAAAAUGGAGCAUCGUCCUUGCUGGAUAUGAUUUUAUUCUAUGAAUCUACAACACAUCUUGACAUUUCUGACAACAGCAGUCUGGGAGCAUCAGGCUGGAGGGCCCUGGCUCAUUUGAUAAAGCAGAGUGUGCGUCUGUCCAGACUGGAUGUGUGUAACGUGUCCCUGGUCGACUAUCCAGCCCAGUCCCUAUCUAAAGCCCUGUUGACCAGCCGGCUCACAGCGCUGCACCUCCACAACACCCAGCUCAGCGGCAGGCCCCUGUACACCCUGGUUGGGACACUGAAGACAAACAGAGCUUUGAAAGAGCUUCACCUGACCAACAACCUGCUGAACAGCUACCAGGACGCCUUGCAUCUAGGAGACCUGCUGCGAUACAACUCGACUCUACAGACCCUGGAGCUCAGCGACAACGCUGUAGCAGAUGCUGGCCUGGAGGAGCUCUGCGAUGGUCUGAGGUGGCAGACAGCAGGUUUGAAGGUCCUCCUGCUGAGGAACAACCAGAUCACUGUAGAAGGGAUGCAUCAUCUGGCAAAGGCUCUGCCGGGGCUGAAGGUCCUGCAGGUUCUGGAUCUGGGUGCGAACCUCCUGGGGAACAAAGGGGUCCAGAUGAUCCGGGAGCCUCUGAUGAUGAACAGCUCGGUGCUGCAGCUCAGCCUGACCCAAGCUAACAUCACCUGUGAAGGUGUCGUAGCGCUGGCUGAGUUCCUGGCAGAGAGCCGUCAGAUUCAGAGGCUGGACCUCCGUCAGAAUGAGGUGAAGGUUGGAGGCCUGAUGGCUCUGAGUCUGGCCCUGAGAAUCAACCGCUCUCUGGCUCGUCUGGACGUGGACCUCACACCCUCACAGGAGCAGGAUGAGUUCCUGAAGGAGACUGAGACCCAACUCCAGACAGAGAUCGCACAGCGCUGCCUCGCCAACGCUAGCAGCUCCAGCCUCCAAACAGAAACCUCUGAGACCUCAACAACCAACCAAUGAGCUGACAGCACAGCCUGAACACACACACGUACACACGCACACACACACACACACACACACACACAGAUCACCUUACAGUCACCACAUGUAUUCAGUCACCAUCUCCCAGUGUUCCCAGUGUUCCCAGUCUAAACAGCUGACGAUAAUAAUAAUUCCACUGCAAAUAAUCACAAACAUGAGACUCCAGAUCUGGCUAAUAAAGACGGAGUAGAGCUCCCUGAUGGAACAUCGCUUCCUUGUUGCUUCCAGCCUGAUGUUCCCAGUUGAUCACUGUUUUCCAUACAGCAGUUUAUCAGCUCACUCCAAACCUGAACAGAAAUGAAGAGAACUCACCCAGCCCUAGCCCUAUGAACCGUAACCAUACCUAACCCUACUAAGCCUAUCCCUACUAACCCUAAACCCGACUGACCCUACUAACCCUACUAACCCUACUGACCCUACUAACCCUACUGACCCUACUAACCCUACUGACCCUACUAACCCUACUGACCCUACUGACCCUUAUCCUACAAACCCUAGAAACCCUAACCCUACUGUUAAAACUGGUGCUAGGUGAUGAUUCAGGUGGGUUGGUGUCACCUUGGUGUGUUGGUAAGAACAAUUCUGGAGUCGAACUGGUAACACACUUAUUAAUUCACCAUACCAUGCUGCUUCAAACACAAAUUAAAUGCAAUACAAUAAAACAAACACUACUCAGAUUUAACGCAAAUACACAUCAAUGGUGCGUCUUAAAGUUCUAAAAUGCUUAACACUGAAAUAAUAAUAAUCAAACGCAAGAAAUAGCAACAAGGGUAGCACAAAUCUGGCAGUGAAAGCGACUUAUAGGUCGUCAAUAACACACACACACCACUCCAACGUAUUCCUGACUCUGCUGUUAAGUCUCCUCUGCUGCACAGUCUAUGCACCGCACACACUCAAGCAUGCCUCCACUCCACUGCUGUCCAUCACCUACACACGUGAUGUGCACGGGAUCCAGCCCUUAACAUGCAUGCACGGGCGAUGCACAGUUCUUUUUGGUCUUUCCAACACCUACUAACCAUACUAACCAUAACCCUACUAGCCCUAACCCUACUAACCGUACUAGCCCUGACCACUGCACCUCUUCUAAAAUUAACUAAUAAAUACUGCAUUAUUACUGAAGCAUCCUUCCUUACAGAGUGGUGAUUCCAUGGUGCAGAUCUUCACCCUCUACUGGAGGUUUCUGGUGCUGCUAUUUCACUGUCAUGUGUGUUGUUAUGUUGUGUGUGUGUGUGGUGUGAGGUCCAGUGUGUCUGCAGCCCUGUGAAUGGUUCUUUUAUCCAUGGAUGGUCUAACUAUUGAGCUGAAUAAAUGGCCUGUAUCCUGUGAUCUGCUGAUGUGACUGAAUGAGGACCACCUCCCCUCCACCAACCAUCAGCAGAUCCACUGAUUGACAGAUGAGAUAUCUGAGAUUCACACCCAGUGCACCUCUACAUACAUCCACACCCUUAGAUGACACUCCACUGCCCCCUGGGCCAGAGUGGGAGGUGUGUGCGAUUAUUUGGUGUGUGUGGAAGCAGACUGAUAGCAGUGUGUGACUCACCCUCCCACCCCCAGUCCUCCCUGAUGUUUCAGUCGCCAUCUCCCACCUCCUUCUUCUCCACCUUCAUCAUCGCCCAUGUGGGCAUGGCGCCCUCCCAACCUCCCUCUCCUCCAGCCAAACAGGUCCCAGGACCUCAUUUCCAGCCCAGGUCCUCUCACUGGUGUCCCCCCCU